UGUCAGAACUGUUUUCAUUGCCAGCAAUCUUUGCCAACCCCACUUCAGUGGCCGCAAUCCUAUACACACAUUGAAGAAAGAAUAUUUUCUCUGUGUCAAUUUAACCAUUUGUAAAAUGGGAGCAGUUGUUACCGUACGCAUUAUCACUUCUAUUUUCUGCCUGCUAAUUUGUGGCGUGUUUUCCGAAGAUUACACUGAUGAUGAUAAGAUGAUUAUUUCUCUUAUUCUGCAAGAUGAUACACAGCCAGAAUCUGGACGGGAACCUUCUGCAGAUUUCUACAGGUGCCAGAAGGAUGCGUGGCGGAUCCCCGGACAGUAUAUCGUGAUGUUACGCGAAGGGACUCACGAGUCCCAGGUGGAGCGCACUGUUCGGCGGCUACGCGCCAAAGCGGCAAAGCGGGGAUACCUCAUCGAGGUGCUGCGGACCUUCUCAGGAGCCUUUCAUGGCAUCCAUGUCAAGAUGAGCAGCGAUGUGUUGGAUCUGGCUGUGAAAUUGCCCCACGUAAAGUACAUCGAGGAAGACUCCUUCAUCUUUGCUCAGGGCAUUCCCUGGAACUUGGACCGGAUUGUGCUGACAAAACAUGCUGCGGGGAAAUACUCACCGCCGAAUGAUGGUGAGCAGGUAGGGGUGUACCUACUGGACACGAGUGUUCAGAGCAACCAUCGGGAAAUCGAGGGACGAGUUCUGAUCACCGACUUUAAUAGUGUGCCAGAAGAGGACGGAGUCCGCGUUCACAGACAGGCCAGCAAGUGUGACAGUCAUGGCACCCACACAGCAGGAGUGCUGAGUGGGCAGGGUUCAGGCGUGGCACGGGGUGCCAGCAUACGCAGCGUCCGUGUGCUGAACUGCCAGGGAAAGGGUACCGUGUCCGGAGCCCUAGCUGGCCUGGAGUAUGUCCGUGCUUCUGUGCUGGCCCAGCCCUACAGCCCCCUCAUCGUUCUUCUGCCCUUUACUGGGGGGUUCAGUCGCACUCUUAACACCGCCUGUCGGGAGAUGGUUAGCAAUGGCGCGAUCCUCAUUGCCGCAGCAGGAAACUACCGCGACGAUGCCUGUCUCUACUCGCCUGCUUCGGAACCACAGGUGAUAACUGUGGGUGCCACCAACCUUGCUGACCAACCCAUGAACAAGGGGAUACUGGGGACUAACUAUGGCCGAUGUGUCGACCUCUUUGCCCCCGGAGAUAACAUUGUCAGUGCCUCCAGUGAUUGCCCCACAUGUUUCACUGCCAAGAGUGGAACCUCACAGGCAGCUGCCCAUGUGGCUGGAAUAGCAGCUGUAAUCCUCAACUCAAAUCCCAACCUCACAUCCACCGAAACCCUUCACCAGCUGCUACAGAACUCCGUCAAGCACGUCAUGGACUCCAGUGCCUUCCCAGAGGAGCACCGCUUAGCCACACCCAACAUGGUGGCUGGACUCCCCCCCUCCACAUCUAAAGGUGGUGGGUUGAUGUGCCGUUCGGUAUGGUCCCCAAAGUCUGGCUCCUCAAGCUUAGACAUGGCAGUAAGCUGCUGCCGCGCUGAAGAGGAGAUGUUUAGCUGCUCCAGCUUCUCACCCAGCGGUGUUCGUUCAGGAGAUACCAUCCAUGAGCGAGAUGGUCAGAAGGAGUGUAUCGCUUACAACGCCUAUGGAGGCCAAGGCGUCUACGCCAUUGCCCGUUGCUGCACUUGGGAAGGUGUGCAUUGUGAGGUGAGGUCCAGCCAGCAGCAGGGUGAACAGGUGGAAUGCCCCAGCUCAGAUCACCAUCUCAUGGGUUGUGGCUCUCAUUCGGUUUCCGGGGCGGCGGUUGACAUGGCUCGCCCUCUCCACGGUGACAAAAAGGCAUGUUCCGGGACGGCGGGCAUGACAUCCCACGCUUUGUGCUGCCAGGCCCCCAGCCUGGAGUGCCAGUUGAAGGAGCACACAUCCCCUGGAUCUACGGAGCAGGUGGAGGUUUCCUGUGAAGAUGGUUGGACAUUGAUGGGCUGCAGUGCCUCGUCCCAGGGAGCAGUGACUCACGGGGCAUAUGCCAGGUGGAACACCUGCCUAGUGAAAAGCUCCGGGCAGAGGAAUGAAGUCACUGUGGUUGCAACCUGCUGCCGUCAGAAACAGGCCCCUGAACAAGCUGCGAGUAAACAAUAACCGGCCUGUCCACCACGGGACUCAGCUCCGCCCUUCGAGGGCCUUGGAACGGCUCUUCAGAUCAUCUCUGCCUUUUGUCAUUGCAUGUAAGCUGUGUAUAUUCACAUAAUGGCAUUAUGACCAUAGAGGCUUUGCCUGAAGAGGCACACAGGGACCAUUACGUUCCCAACGGCUCCUUUUCAGGCUUUCUCUUAUUUGAAAACAACUAGGGAAAAGACUUCAGGCAGUUAAUAUCUGGUUAAAAACCCUGUACAUUGCUAUUUGCCAUAGAAUGUUUGCAUAACAACAAACCGAGUAAUAUGAUGCAUAUUACAAGUAAUUAACACAUGGGAAUGUAUCGUAUAUAUAACAAAAAUUGUUUUUUGAAACAAGGUGGCACAGUGAUUAGCACUGUUGCCUCACACCUCUGGGACCAGCGUUCGAGUGUCCCCCCAUGUGUGUGGAGUUUGCAUGUUCUCC